AUGCAAGCUUUUAUUCGCUCUAGCAUGUUUCUUAUUAAUUUGUCAACAUUAUCUUGGAGUAUGUUUUCCCAUUCUGCUAAUGCUGCAUCAAUAAGCUGUGCGACAUUUCUUGCACUAUUUCGACGAGCUCUAACCCUUCUUUUAAGAUGGUCUGGUGAACAUGCAGGCCAGUCUAAAACUGUAACACCUUCCGUUUCAAGAUAUUAUGUAGCCACUCUGCUGGCAUGGGGAGGUAUAUUAUCGUGCAUAAAGAUAAAAUUAGCCCCAAUUGCAGCUGUCCAAUGCCUAACGAUUCGUUCUAGCACUAAAUCAACAUACUUCGGAUCGGUUAAAGUUUGUUAA